AUGGCGGUGCCAGCGGGGCAGCAGCAUUCGGUGCGGACCCUCAGGACGCGGGAGAAGGAAGAUCCUUUGCCAUCUGUCAAGAAAAAUAAGCAUGAGGCAGCCAAGGAUGAUGUUUUCUGGCUUCAAUCACUCAUUUCUGGUGUCUUGGAUGGUAAAGAUUAUCAGAAAAUAAAAGAAUACUUUCAAGAGAGAGUGUGCUAUGUUCCUCAAAAAUACGAUCAUCUUCUAUUACCUCAACUUGACAAAUCCAUACAUAAGGAACUGGAUCACCAUGAAUUUCAGUGUGUUUCACUCUUGCUGAAGUGCAUUCAGCAGUUCUUCCUAGAUGACUUCAAAGAAGAGGAGCCUUUGCUAAUUAAGCAGGGGUUGAUCCCAAAGAUGGUUUCCUGGUUUGAAAAAACAAGAGGAUUUCUCACCGAAAAAGAUGUAGCCUUAAACCCUGCUCUAAUUGCCACCACAGAUUUUUUUGACACAGCAUUGAUUAUUUCGAAGAGUAGCAGUAAAGGGAAAAUUCAGAUGUUGGAUUCCUUCAUAUUUUGUUUGGGAUUCCUGGUGACAGAACAGACUCUAACUCAUGUGAUUGGGCAGGAGGCCUUGACUACACUGAACAGUAUUUUGGCGACUAUACCUCGAGAAGAGAGAAACAAAUGUUCUGUGCUAGAAGGCACUCGUCUUUUUAUGAAAGACCUUGCAAGGACACUUUUGACUGUUGGUGAUUAUGAUCAGCAGACUUCUAUUUCUGAAGCACUGUGUAGACUGGUGGCUAAAAAAUCCAGGCAUGAAUUUGUACAUGAAUGGUUUGAAGAUGAUCUUAUUGCUGAUGUUUUUAAGAAAAUUAAGGACCAAGAAUUUGAGACGGACUGUAGACAGUUUCUAAAUCAGCUGAACAGCAGCCUUGGUGACCAAAGAAGGAUCUAUUCAUUUCCAUGUCUUGCUGCUUUUGCUGAUGGCCAUGAGCUAAAAAGACCAGAAAAUGAAAAAUUAGAGAAAUUUUGGAUUGACUUUAAUCUAGGAAGUUGGAGCAUAACGUUUUAUAUCCACAGUGCUAAGAGUGAACUGUGGGAAUCAGUAAGACUUUUCAAGGAUGCAGUGGCUAACUGGAACACAGUAGAAACUGAGAAGAUGAAGGUGCUCAUUGUUACUCUAAAGAAUCCCAUAAUUAUCAACAGCAAAGAAGUGAAGAAGACAGAAAUCCAUUUUGAUUUGCAAUUUAACAUAUCUCAAGUUUCCAUGAAAACUUUGGGAGAAGAUAAGCAGAUACUGCCAGAUCAGAGAGAUGUUUCUUCAGACAAUAUUGCUAAAGGAAGUGCAUCCCCUGAGGAAGAUUUCAUGAAAUUGGAAGAUCAGUGUCCAAUAACUCUCCCCUUUAAUAGCCAGGAUGAGCCAGCGUCUAAUUACAGGAAACACCUCUUAUCAGAUAGUUCUCAAGAUUCGAGUACCACCACCAGUGAAAGCUCUUGGACGAGCAAGCAGAAAAGGAAACCCCUAAGAUCAUAUUCUAACAGAAGGAAAAAGAGAGUCUCAAGUCUCAUAAAACUUCUGCCGCUUUCCCCUGUCAGGACAGGCAGUGAUGAGGGAAAAGACAAGGCUAGACCUCAUACACAAUCACAGAAGGAAAACUCCAGUCCAGAUGAAGACUUGAAUCCAAACAUUUUGGUCACUAAAUCCCCAGACAAUCCUCCUUUGAAUACAGAUGUUCCAGAUGGUGAUUCAGUGACAUCAAAACUUGCUGAUGGCAGUACUCCAGGCUCGCUUUCCUUGGUGGCCCAGGCAGAGGACUUGGCAGAAGGAAUUUCUGAUCCGUCUUUAGACUAUUUGCUGGAGAACCCAGAUAGUUCUGCCUUCAUCUCGACCUUUGAAAGCAUCACUAAAGAACUGAAAAGCAAGUAUGAGCUUAGGAACAGAAAGAGUCCACUUCUUUCCACAAGUGGAAUCAAAGUACCAGCUUGCCUAACAAAAGUUUUAAAGCAGAUACAUGAGUGCAGACUUAGUAAAUUACAGCAGUUCAACCACAUUGUUCUUCAAGAGCUGAGCCACUUUGAGGAGGAUAUUCAGGCCCUGGGAAACCUUGAGAAUGAUAUUCUGGUACAGGCCUGCUUGAAGAGCUGCUGA